AUGCUCGGCAAGACUGCACUGAUCUCCGGCUCCUCGACGGGCAUCGGGGCCGCCAUCGCCAUUGAACUAUCAUCACGUGGAGCGAAUAUUGUCUUGAAUUACCCUUUCCCUCAUUUAGAGUCAGAAUGCAAUGAAGUUGGAAAGAAGCUCAAGACACCAUGGAUCGCAGUAUGUGCGGAUCUCGCCACCAUCGAUGGCCCCGAGCGACUGGUUGAGGCAGCCGUCGCCCGGUUUGGCGUCAUCCACAUUCUCGUCAACAAUGCUGCCGUCGUUCCUCACGCUCCCACAUGGUCCGCUACGGCAAAGAUAUGGGAUGAUACCUAUAACUUGAAUGCGAGAGGUACAUUUCUCCUCACUCAGGCCGUACUGCCUCAUUUACCUCCUUACACUCCUUCCUCGCCUCCAUCAGUUUCUGGAGUGAAGGGCGGGUCUAGAAUUAUCUGCAUAGGCUCAGGGUCGAGCCGAAUUCCUCAACCGGAUCUAGUUGUUUAUUCUUCCACCAAGGGAGCUAUGGAUUCUAUGGUUAAGGUGUGGGCUAAGGAGCUUCCGCCCAAGUACGGUUGCACUGUCAACGCCAUCGCGCCGGGUCCAGUCAAUACAGAGACUUUCCAAAAGGGAGCUGGGGAAUCCUUAGAACAAAUCAAGGCUGAAUUUGAGAAAGAUACCCCUUCCGAGGGAAGUCUAGCUGACCCUGAAGACAUUGCAUGGGCUGUCGCCUGGCUUGCUGAUGAUAGGUCAAAAUGGGUUAACGGCGAGAACAUCAUGAUCAAUGGCGGUUUGGCAAUGGUUUGA